UGAGUGCAGCUUGAUUUGCGGUGUGAUGGCAAGGCGUACAUGUGCAACGACAGCAGCAGCAUGCCGAUAGGGCUAUGAGAGCGGCAGCAGAAGCUGAGGCAGAGGUGGAUGCGGACGCGCCGCCAGCAGGCGGCGCGUUGGUUGGGUUGGUCAUGUGCGCAGCUGCUUCUCCUCUCUGACGCCGACCUCCAUACGCUUCCAGAGCUCGAGGUCAUGAAGGAGGAGCGCAAACAAGAGCGCCGGCGCCACGAGGAGGGACGCAAGGAGGAGCGCCAGCGCCACGAAGAAGAGCGCAAGCAAGAGUCCCAGCGCCACGAGGAGGAGCGCAAGGACGAGCGUCAGCGCCACGCGGAAGAGCGCAAGGAGAUCCUGCGCCUCGUCACUGCUCGUGACGCAGCAGCAGCGCCACCCAGCAGAUGGCGCCGUGCCAGCCUCGCUAUGCGCGGCGCAGGCGACCUUCUGCGCGAUGGCGUCGAGCUCUACACAACCGUCGAGCACCUUGCGCGCAAGUGCUCGUCUAACGAGCACCUUGCGCGCACGUACUCUAACCCUUCCUAGAUGUGGCACCUCCUUUCUCCAGCCCGCAUCUUGUUGUUCCCUUCAUUCAUACCCCUCUCUCCUACACACAUACCUUACUUCUCGGACCACACAUGAAUACACCUAUCAUAGAGCGAUGCGAUUGAGGAAGAGCAGAUCGCAGGACAGCUUCGCUCUCGCGCAGCAGCGAGCUGCCGGCCGUGGCGAGCCGCUAGGCCUCCUCGUCCUUGUAGUUGGCCAUCGGGUCCUCGUACUUGGUGCUCGCCAUGCGGUACGCCUCGAGCUGCUCCUCGG